UUCACAGAUUCUUCUUCCUGUUGGUGAAACGUGAUUGUCCCAGCUGCACAGACUCAGGCCUGAGAACUGGCCAUGCCACAGAACAAACUGCACAGCUGGCUGAAUGCUGUGCUCUUUGGUCUCCUGCUUCUCCUCAUCCAUGUGCAGGGUCAGCACUCACCAGAGUCCAGCCCCAUCAGAAACACACACACGGGCCAGGUCCAAGGCAAGCUCACCCACAUCAAGGACAUUAAAUCUGGUGUCCACACCUUCCUGGGAAUUCCCUUUGCCAAGGCCCCUGUAGGACCACUGCGAUUUGCACCUCCUGAGGCCCCUGAGCCGUGGAGUGGUGUGAGAGAUGGGACCUCACAAUCAAACAUUUGUCCACAAAAUGUUAGUAUGAAUAUGGAGGGUCUGAAGGAGAUGAAGCUGACCCUGCCACCUGUCUCCAUGUCUGAGGACUGCCUGUAUCUCAAUAUCUAUGCACCAGCCCAUGCCCAUGAGGGCUCUCACCUGCCUGUGAUGGUAUGGAUCCAUGGCGGUGCACUCACUGUAGGCAUGGCUUCCAUGUAUGAUGGCUCCAUGCUGGCAGCCACUGAGGAUGUGGUGGUGGUCACGAUCCAGUACCGCCUGGGUGUCCUUGGCUUCUUCAGCACUGGAGAUCACCAUGCCAGGGGAAACUGGGGAUACCUGGACCAAGUGGCUGCCCUACGCUGGGUCCAGCAGAACAUUGCCCACUUUGGAGGCAACCCUGACCUUGUCACUAUUUUUGGCGAGUCAGCAGGAGGCUUGAGUGUGUCUUCUCAUGUUGUGUCCCCCAUGUCCAAAGGACUCUUUCACAGAGCCAUCAUGGAGAGUGGAGUAGCUCUGAUGCCUGGAACCAUAUUUAACUUCUCUGAGAUGGUUUACCAAAUGGUGGUCAAGCUCUCUGGAUGUGAGGCCAUGGACCCAGAGUCCCUGGUGCACUGUUUGAGAGGCAAGAGUGAAGAGCAGAUUAUGGUCAUUAGCAAGGAGUUCCAGAUGAUCCCUGCUGUGGUGGAUGGAGAAUUCCUACCCAACCAUCCUCAGGAGCUGUUGGCCUCUGCUGAUUUCCACCCUGUCCCCAGCAUAAUUGGUUUCAACAAUGAUGAGUAUGGUUGGAUCGUCCCCAAAGUCAUAGGCUCUGCUCAGACAAUAAAAGGAAUAACCAGAGAGAACCUGCAGGCUUUUCUGAAGGAUACAGCACCACAAAUGAUGUUGCCUCCUGAGUGUAGUGAUCUGUUGAUGGAAGAGUACAUGGGGGACAUUGAGGACCCCCAGACCCUCCAAGCACAGUUCACAGAGAUGAUGGAAGACUUCAUGUUUGUGAUCCCUUCUCUCCAAGUAGCGCGUUUUCAGCGUUCCCAUGCCCCUGUCUACUUCUAUGAGUUCCAACAUCAAUCCAGCUUUCUCAAGGAUAUCAGGCCACCCCACGUGAAGGCUGACCAUGGAGAUGAGGUUCCUUUUGUUUUUGGUUCCUUCUUCUGGGGCAUGAAACUUAACCUCACUGAGGGGGAAAAGCUGCUAAACAGGAGAAUGAUGAAGUACUGGGCAAACUUUGCAAGAUAUGGAAACCCCAACAGCAACAGUCUACCCUACUGGCCUGUGUUUGACUAUGAUGAACAGUAUCUGCAACUGAACACCCAGCCUGCUGUGGGACGAAUCCAGAAGGCCAGAAAGCUGCAGUUCUGGACCAAGACUCUUCCCCAGAAGAUCGAGGAGUUAAAGAGAGCUCAAAACAGGCACAAAGAACUAUAAUGCCCUGUGUGAGGAAUGGUAUGUUAUGUUGGCUGCUGAUGGAGUCAGCUUCAGGUUCCCAGAACACAUUGAGGAAUCUGACUUGUUUCUAACAUUCACAUAACCUCUGUGCUUGUCUGUUCUUCUCCAUUUAUCACAUAUCCUCUGCAAGUGACUCUUUAUCCUGCUGGGUCAUCUUUUGUUAGACCCAUUCAAUAAGUGUUCCCCUCCCAGUGGAUUUCUGAACCCCAUAAUACCCCAUCUCCUUUCACACUCCACUGGGACUAAUGCCUUUCCUUUCUUCUUUCCUUACUUCACCUCUCAUCCUCACUGUCCUCUUCUCUAUCUAUGACCAAAAUAGUUUUUAAGUAGAGCAAAAGCUUUGGGGAAACAUUGAUAUGAUUCUCCAAACAGCCCAUAUCACAGGGGUGGGCUGUGUCAAAAUCACAUGCUCUCUCUCAUCAGCUUCAUACUUUUGGAGACCAUGAAUUCCAAGGUUAAGAUACUAACAGGUUUGCUAUACAUGCUCUCUAGCCCAAAAAUGGUACCUGUGUUCUCACUGAGUAGAUUGGACACUUAACAAUCCUCCAAUAGGCCUACCUCUUAAUAUCAUCACAUUGGAGUUUAGGUUUCAAUAUAGAAAUAUGACUCAUAGAUAUUUUCAAAACAUAGCAUGUAGAGGUUCCCAACUUGAUCACUAGAUUUGAAAACAUCUAAAAGUGUCUCUAUCUACUGUGUUUGUAAACUUUGCCUACAGUUUAUUUGAAGAUAAUCUGUCCGUUUGUCAUUUGUUAA